AACACCCGACAUGGCGAGCAGACGCGUUGCGUGUCCUGCAGAGUCCCAACCUCCUCCAGGUAUUCACUGGGGACCUGAUGCGGGAACGGAGCUGGUGACCAAGGAGGGUUUACGAGCUGAUGGACGAGUUGUUGACGAAAUUAGGCCGAUGUAUGUGAAGGAAGGUGUGGUGAGUAGAGCGAAUGGUUCUGCUUACUUGGAGAUGAGACAGACUAAAGUGAUAUGCGCUGUGUAUGGUCCAAGAGAUGUGGGCAGAAGAGAAGAAUUUAGCAUGAAAGGGAAGCUGUCGUGCGACUUUAGUUUCUUACCAUUUGCUUGCCGACAACGACGAGUACCUGGCCACGAUGCCGAACACAAAGACAUCAGUUCUCGACUAGUUCAAACGUUCGAGUCGGUUGUAUGUUUGGAUCGUUUCCCAAAGUCUCAGGUUGAUAUCUGUGUCAACGUUCUGCAAGACGAUGGCAGCGCUUUCUCUGCUGCUGUGACAUGUGCCUCAGCGGCGUUAGCCGAUGCUGGAGUGGAAAUGUUUGAUAUUGUGACAGGCUGUUCAGCAAAGAUACACGACAACAACAUUCUCCUCGAUCCCACUUUAGAUGAAGAACUGCACGUUGAUAAUGAGGUCGGUCAAAAUCAAUCGAGUGGUCUCUUGCAUUUUGCACUCAUGCCAUCUCGAAAUGAAGUCGCAUAUAUUUCACUGCAAGGAGAGGUGGAUGCAGAUGGGUUGGUCGAAGCUACCCGUGCAUGUUCCGAUGGCUGUAUAAGAGUUCAUGAAGUCGUUCGACAAAGUCUUGUACAGAGUGUUUCACUGAAACACAAACAUAAUUAUAAAACCGUGACGUAAUGUAUAGAGCAGCUCAGUGUUUUUAUACAAAGUAUGCAGGUUAUUGAUACACUAUAUACAGAGAUCAUCACUGACUGGA